GACAGAUCAUAAAAAGCCGCUGGGUGAGGUCUGUCGCAAGUAAACAAUGUAGUGAAAGGCUAUCUUAAAGUCAGGUGACGGUAUUUGUUUAUCGCUGUCGGUAUGUUUCAUAUGUUUGGGUUUCUUUCCUGACAUUCUUAUACUGCCACAAUGUUGUUUUCCUGAUUUGGCGUCUUGUGGUCUUGCUCCGGUUAGUUCCCUGCGGAGUGUUAGCCGUGGCUAAAGCUACAUACCGCCGCUGUGCACCUGUCACUGGCUUUUUUUUGCUCUUCUUCCCCCGAUCAGAAUUGUGUUACUAAAAUUUCCCACUUAGGAGGUUUUUCUGAAUCUCGUCUGGUCAAAUCAGUUGAUGUGCGCGCAUCUUUCGCGAACUGUUGACGCACACGAAGACAAUGAACUGAUAGUAACUGCAUUGAAAUGCAGACUCGGUUAUUUUACAUUAAUAUUCAGGCGUUCUUUCAAUAUUCGUAAUGGCGUCGUCCAAAGCAAAAGUUGGAGUUAGCAGCGAGACCAUAGUUUUGAAGGAGAAAAGCAAUGUUUGCAAUUCAGCUGCAGAAGGAACGACAAAUAACCGGACCUACACUCUGGAUGACCUGGAGACCGUCGCAACAGUGGGCACUGGGACAUUUGGCCGGGUUUUCCUGGUCAAGGACAAGAAGAGCCGAAGCUUUUAUGCCUUGAAGCAAAUGAAGAUACCCGACGUGAUCCGACUUAAGCAAGAGCAGCACGUUCACAAUGAGAAGGAGGUGCUGUCCGAAGUCAACCAUCCGUUCCUCAUACGACUGUUUUGGACGCACCAUGACGAGCGCUUCCUUUACAUGCUGAUGGACUACGUGCCAGGAGGCGAACUGUUCAGCUACCUACGCAGCCGCGGCCGCUUCAGCAACUCAACCGGCCUCUUUUAUACCGCUGAGAUUGUGUGUGCUAUUGAGUACCUCCACUCCAAAGAAAUAGUUUACCGUGACCUGAAACCUGAAAACAUACUGCUUGACAGUGAAGGACACAUCCGCCUGACUGAUUUUGGGUUCGCCAAGAAGCUUUCUGAGAGGACUUGGACCCUGUGUGGGACUCCAGAGUAUUUGGCUCCUGAGGUCAUCCAGAGCAAAGGUCAUGGUCAGGCAGUGGACUGGUGGGCCCUCGGCAUCCUGGUCUUUGAGAUGCUGGCUGGCUACCCACCUUUCUUUGAUGACAACCCGUUCGGAAUAUACCAGAAGAUCCUCGCUGGAAAACUUGAGUUCCCACGCCAUCUGGAUUUCUAUGUCAAAGACCUCAUCAAGAAGUUUCUGGUCAUUGACCGAGCCAGGCGACUAGGCAACAUGAAGAAUGGAGCAGAUGACGUGAAGAAGCAUCGGUGGUUCAAGAUGGUCGACUGGGAUGCCGUUCCACUUCGGAAACUGAAGCCGCCCAUCCUUCCCAAAGUUUCCCACGAGGGUGACACGUCCAACUUCGACAUUUACCCGGAGGAUGACUGGAAGAAAGACCCACCCGUCGCUCAGAAGGACUUGGAGAUCUUCAAAAACUUCUGAUCAAGUCAAUGUCUCUCACCAAAACCCUUAUUUAUCUGGCAGAAAAGACCUGAACUGACACCCUUUGAACCUAAAAGUGAAUCCCACCACAUGCUUGUUAUUGUUUUUUAUGACUUUAAUUGUGAUCUUAUUAUUUUCACCACUGCUUUUUCUGAGCCUACCCAUAUGCAAAAAAUAGGUUCUUUUGAAACCAAUAGACUGUUAUUUUAUACGUUUGGCAAUGAUUAUUAUCAGGGUUUUUUUACUUUCUUAUUUUGUAUUUAAGCUUUUUAAAGUACUUUGUAUGUUGACACAUGGUUCAGAGAUGGUGCUUUCCAACGGUCUGUACUUGACUCAUCCUCAUACGCUCGUCACUGGUAGCACUUGGAAAAAAGGUGCCUUACGAGUGAUUAUUUAAAGUUCAGUGGAGAUUGUCACUUGACAACGUUCCUAUUCCUAUCCAUCACUGUGCUCACUCCUCUCCCAUACAUGUUGCUGACAUCGUGUGGUGUCAAACACGCCAGGCCAAGAUCAAGGAUGGAUACUGCCGUGUCUGCUUCUGUUAACCAGUUUUCUGUUCAGCCUGUUGGAAUGGAAGCACCAUGUUAUGUCUUCUUUUGCUUUAUGGCUGUACAAUAGAAAGUGAUUUUAUACCCUGAUCUGUGGUCUGUUUUCGGUUGAGGACCUGAUUGAGAUUCCUUUUAAAGACAGUCUGUUGGUGCUGGAGUGGGUCAAUAGCUGCGAGUAGUGAUGGCUUGAUGAGGUUUCACGACACAGUGUCCUGAUUUUCAGAGGCCACCAGAUGGCACUGUCUGCUGUACGAUGUUUGGACUUGAACAACUAAUUCAAUGAAACCUCACAUUGUUUCUAAACCAAGAGCGCCAUCUAGUGGGCUUAGAGGAUCACCACUGACAGACUCCCGGUUGUUAGAGUGAGUCUGCAAUCUGCAUACUGUGUAAUAACUCAAGUGGGUUGAGAUGAUGACAAGAUGAAUUGUCUUCUGAUUCACUCUGGAGCUAUUUGCCCGAUGACAUUACAAAGCUAAGCAGCCUCAUUUGUUUUAACCACCCCAAAAAAAUUGGUGGAUAGACUGUUUCCAUUCAAGCGGAGAACAUAAACACUGGUGCCUCGUCCACAGCCAUUAGUUGUAGUGUUUCAGCACUGCUGAAACGCUGGGGUCACAUCAUCUCCCUCCCCGCUUCUGACUGUGAGAACACUCACACUAUGGGGAGGAUGGUUGUAUGAAUGGGUCUUAACAAAUCAUUCUAAGACUUAAAAACGUCCCCUCAAUGUUACUGCUAUUGGCCCGAAGUGGGAGCAGUUCCUGAUGACUCCUGACCUCAAUAGAGUGAGCAUAGCUUGGGAAAGUUUCAGCUCCUGCUGAGCGAACGGUGGGGCUAGUUUUUUCUGAUGUAUCAAACUAUGUGCAAAAAGCAUAUGUAGGAGUCCAGUAUCUUUUGAGGUACUUAGUCCCGUUUUAGGUGUUGAUUUGUUUCAUUUCUACUUGACGUCUUGAUGUGGAAGUACCAGUAGGUGAGGUAUCAUGAAUCAGUGUUGCAGGGUUGAUGAAACAGGGUCCUAAUUUACAGAGGCCACUAGAUGGCGCUCUGGGUUUAGUAAUGAUAUGAGGUUUCAUUGAAUGAGUUGUUCAAGACCAAACAUUUUACAGCAGACAGCGCCAUCUGGUGGCCUCUGGAAACAGGACACGUUUUCAUGAAACCUCCUCACCCUUUCACUGGAAAGUACUAUUUCACUCACUACCUUUCUGAUCUGCUAGUUAUCUGCAUUUCUUUGGACGUAUUAGAAGUCAUGAAGUGCCCUUCCCUAUCACGUCACCUGCACCAGCUGCCCCUGUGAUGAUGAAGUAUUCAACCUUUCAGCAAACCAUUGUUAUGAACUUGCUAAGAACGUAUGUUGAUGUUGCUGCGUGUUCGCCUGUCCAAACAUUAAAGGUCAAACAGAGGAGGCACGAGGGCCUCCCCUGUCUGAGGUAUGACACAUGGCCACUCGUCAUCCUCUCAGCAGGAGAAACUGUUUGGUUACAAAUUCUACAAUCCUUUUGGGAAUCGCCUUAAACUUGGCCGUAUGGAUUUCCGGGAAUGAAACAUCAACAUGACUCAGCAAAAGAAUAACAUGAGCAUUCCGGGUGAACAGAUGGUCAAAUAAACA